GGAUGAUGGCGAAGGAUGAUUGCGGUGACGAGGAUGUGUCUCAUCCAUAGGAUGCUUCCGAGUGAGGAAGCGCUCAUCGAACCUUCACCACGCAAACCCUAAUUCGAAUUGCGCCUAAAUCAACAUUGUGAACCGAUCCGUGCGAGUUGGGGGAAUUUUGUUGCAAGAUUGGGGGAGCAAUUGCAGCUCCAAGGAGCUUUGUAUUCAAGCUGCGGAAGUUUCUGCAGAGAAUUGCGAGAGUUGAAGCGGCCCUGGUUGUAAUUUAAGGAAUUUCGUUGCUUGAAUCAUUGGAGAUAAGCAAGCGGAAGACAAAGACGACCAAUGUUUAGUUUGAAGGUUCAUGCACUUGAGCAUCCUUCCAAAGAAGCGCUAGAUGCAAUGCUGAGCUCGAAUGUUACGGCGGAGGAUGGUUCCACCGAUCAGCCUGCAACCUCAGCUUCGGGUACAAAUGGUGGAGGAACUGACGAAGGAACCGGAGGCGAGGCAAAGCUGCACGAUGAUGGCAUCACCAAAAGGAUCAAUUUCUCUUCUGGAAACCCACGAGUUGAAGCUACACGUGGUGUCAUGCAUUUGUACAGGGACACUGCAUCCGAGCCAGGUUCAUUAGAGAAGCUUCCGGAGGGUCGGAGUGAGCGUUUAUGUGUGCUGGCUGUUCCGAAUCAUAUGACCGGCGCCGACUUUUGUCAGUUCACAGGAGCUUUUAUUGAGAACAUCAAAGAAAUGCGAUUUGUUAGGAAUGAUGGGCAGACAGAUAGGUACAGUGUGUUAAUGACGUUUGAUUCCCUGCAACUUGCUGACGACUUCUAUCAGCACUACAACUUGAAACCAUUUUCUUCUCUGGAGGCAGAGCUGUGCCAUGUGUUAUAUACGGCAGACGUUCAAUUCACAGAAACUGCAGAGCAAGCAUCAACUCCUCCUUCAGGACUUACAGAACUUCCGACUUGUCCUGUUUGUUUAGAAAGACUGGAUCAGCAAAUAAGCGGAAUACUCACAACAGUGUGCAACCACUCUUUUCACAGCACAUGUAUUUCAAAAUGGACCGAUUCCUCUUGUCCGGUCUGUCGAUACUGCCAGCAACAAGCUGAAAAUUCCACUUGCUUCGUGUGCGGGACUACAGAGCAUCUUUGGAUAUGUGUUAUCUGUGGAUUUAUUGGUUGUGGACGAUACAAAGAGGGGCAUGCUGUGAAUCAUUGGAAGGAAAGUCAGCACUGCUACUCGCUGGAUCUUGAGACUCAACGGGUGUGGGACUAUGUAGGUGACGGCUAUGUCCACCGCCUCAUACAGUCAAAAACCGAUGGAAAGCUUGUUGAAUUACCUGCCCCAUGCCGGGAUGGUAGCGAUGAUUGCUGCAACCGAGGACCUGACGAUCAGAGCAUGGAGGCAGCUUUGUAUCAUAGUAAAGUAGAUGCCGUAGCUGCCGAGUAUGAUCAUUUACUUACGAUUCAAUUGGACAGUCAACGGCAGUAUUACGAAGGAAGGAUCACAGAAAUGGAGGAGGAGAGAGCUUUAGCCGUUCAGCAGGCUGUUGAUGAAUCAGUAAGCUUAAAGCUUAAGAAAUUACAGGUUCGACUGGAGAAAAUGGAAAAAGAGAACCAGGAUCUAAAGGAGUUGAAUAAAUGCUUGAUUGAGAACCAAAAAAUUUAUCAGCAGCGUAUGCAGGAAUUUGAGGAGAGGGAGUUGAAAUCGGUGAAAGAACGAGAUGACAAAAUAGCAGAUCUUGAAGAACAGGUCAGGGAUUUUAUGCUAUUUAUUGAGGCACAGAAGUUGCUUGAGACGAGUGGUAAUGGAGGUGAACUUCGAGAUGGAUCUGUCCUCGCAUUGCCUGUAAAUCUUGGACCCAGCAAGUCGAGCAGUCGGAUCUCACGUCAGGGAAAGAAGAAACGAUGAGCCAACUCUCUAGCAUCUCCUGUACAUAUAUCUCUUUUAGGGUCACAUUUUUUGUGAAAAUUAGCUACAUCAAAUACCCGCAGCUAUGGCUAAUUUGUUACAGGAUUUAGAAAAUCCAACCCUUAAGUAUGCUCACCCACCUGAAGGUGCUGCAAACUUGCAAGAUCAUGGCAUUAUUACCGAGAUUGUAAUGUAGUGUUGGGUUGGCAAGAAGUGUGAAUCGCCUUAGUGAAUGUUUGAAGGUUACAAAUCUUUUGUUAAAUACUCUUUUUGAUUUCCAAAUGUUAUUUGAAAUAGACUCACUGUCCCUGCCAAA